UGGACUCUUCCAGUGCUCCUCUCUCUCCCUGUCUGUCUCCUCUCUCUGUCUCCCUGUCGGUGGCUGGACAAGCUCCUCUCCUCUGUGUCCUGCUCUCCACCUGGCCUCCAUGAGUUUAACUGAGGACAAGCCAUUCCUCCCUGGAAGAUGGGAAAUGCUUCAGACACAUCUGCUGUGUUUGCCUCCACCAUCUCCAAGGAGUACGACAUCCUUAUGGGUUCACUCUACAGUGCCUUUUGCAUACUGUCCCUCCUGGGAAACAGCAUUCUGCUACUUGUUGCAUAUCACAAGCGGUCGACCUUGAAGCCAGCUGAAUACUUCAUCAUCAAUCUCUCCAUCAGUGACCUUGGGAUGACGCUCUCUUUAUUCCCUCUGGCAAUACCAUCAGCUUUUACACACAGGUGGCUGUUUGGAGAAAUCACCUGUCAGCUCUAUGCUAUGUGUGGAGUACUGUUUGGUCUAUGCAGCUUGACCAACCUCACAGCCCUCUCCUUAGUGUGCUGCCUUAAAGUCUGCUUCCCUACCCACGGUAACAAGUUCUCCCCGUCACACGCCCGCCUCCUGGUUGCUGGAGUGUGGUGUUACGCGUCUGUGUUUGCUGUAGGGCCCUUGGCACAGUGGGGACAUUACAGCCCUGAACCUUACGGCACAGCCUGCUGCAUUGACUGGCAUGCACCCAACCACGAGCUUUCAGCUUUGUCUUACAUUGUCUGCCUUUUCGUCUUUUGCUAUGCACUGCCCUGCACCAUCAUCUUCCUCUCCUACACUUUCAUUCUGCUGACGGUGCGGGGGUCACGGCAGGCCGUCCAGCAGCAUGUGUCACCACAGACCAAGACCACCAAUGCACACUCUCUCAUUGUCAAGCUGUCAGUCGCAGUAUGUAUAGGCUUCCUGGGUGCCUGGACUCCAUACGCUGUCGUGGCCAUGUGGGCUGCUUUCGGAGAGGCCACAGAGGUUCCACCUGAUGCAUUCGCCCUUGCCGCCAUGUUUGCAAAGUCUUCAACUAUCUACAACCCCAUGGUCUACCUGCUGUGUAAGCCCAACUUUCGCGAGUGCCUCUACAGAGACACGACUUUGUUACGGCAGAGGAUCUACAGGGGAAGUCCACAGUCGGAGCUGAAAGAACGUUUCGCAUCGACCUCGCAGCGCAACAAGGACAUGAGCAUCUCCACAAAUGGACAGCACGAGAGUUAUGGGGCGUGUCUUCACUGCGCUGAGACUGCAGCGGCGUGUCAUGUGACAACGCCGCAAAGGACUGCCUGUAUCCUAACUGGAUCCACCUACAGAGAGGUGACAGUUAGCCAGCUCUCUGCCAAACCACAGGCUGAUUUCCUCUAGUGGUACAACCUCCUUCUUUCAUGAAGCAAACAAGACAGGACAUGUGCUCAGAAAGACAGAAUACUGGGCACGGACAACAAAACAACAAAGGGGCCUGCACAAGUUCUAAUGAGUGUGUGUCACCGAGACUUUGUAGAAUAACACAAGGACCUUCAAAAGCAUCUUUCUCACCAGUUACUCAUGAAUGGCCCCUUCAUAGUGAAAUGCCUGAGAUUCAAAACAUCCGCAACAUGAUUACUUCAUCUAAGGAGAUUUGUCACGGAAAUGUAUGUGUGUAAUGUCUUGAUGCCUACGUCUGUGUCAGCUUGAUUUAUUUUAAUGUGUAGUAAUUUAACUGGAUUUUGCAGGAGCAAAUACAACCCCAGCUAGCCUCGAGGUUAAUUAGGCAAAUGUCUGACAUUUCAAAGCGGCUGAUCAUGGUAUGCUUAAUGUCAGGAUAAACGACGUUAAAUAUCAAAACACAUUACAAGACAAAAAGAUAUGUUAAAUGGCAAUUUAUAAAUGACAAUGAGACCUGAGGGAGUUGUUGAUGGUUCCUCCUGUGAUAGAAAGACCAACAUGUCAGUGGGUAACCAAUUAAGAUCAAGCUCUGUUUAGGUUUUGUUGUAUGCAUGCUGAGGUCUGGGUCAUGAAGAUGGUAAAGUGGUACUUAACCCCUGUAGGCUUGAACAUUUCUAUGGACUUUUUGUCCUUGUUGCCGUUUGAAUCGAUUGUAACAGAAACACAGAAUCAGACUGACAGCUGCUGUUUUCUGUAAGGAAUAAAACAACCCACUUUUAGCAGCCAGUUCAAGCCCUCAGGGACAGAGUGUUUGACACACAAGAGACUGAAUUAGAUGCAAUAUCAUCUUACUGAAGAGGCUCUACUGUGCCGUGUAGCCUGCAGUCAUUCUCCUACUAUAAACUGGAUAAAACUGGCAAGACUGAGUUUGCACAACGUAGACUACCCCUCACACUUGAGGGGAAAAUCUAAUUUGGACACCAACAAAGAGCAAAACUCAGGGUCAAUUUAAUCUCGUGUUUGGGCAUAAAUUUUAAUUGAAAUUCGGACUUUGAUGUUGCAAAAAACAUCUUAAGUUGCUCUCAUUUUUUUUAGAGGAUUCCUUAUGCUGGUUGAAUGACCCAUUUCCUCUCUUUAGUCCUGAUCGAGGUUUUAUCUUGACCCUGUUUACAGUUUGUUUAAAAAUGUGAUACAAACACAAGAGGACAGCCGAGACACAUCAGUGUUCACACCUUUGUCUAUUAUGCAUCUCCAGCUGACUUCUUGCGAUCAGAUAUCGUUACUUCACUUCCACUGGAAGUUCAUAGGACCCCGUGCACAGCUAUUGCAUCCACAGUAUCACCAAUCGCAUUGGUGGCUAUGUCGCAACAGCUGGAGACGCUGGAUGGCAUGCAACACUUUGUCCAACUUGUCGUAAAAUGGUCAAGUUAUAAAGCAUUGGUGUGCAGUUAACAAAACAACCACUACGUCCUGCACUGAUGACUUGUUUUUCUGUUAUGUCCUUGUCAAGGAUGCACCUGGAUGCAUUGGCAUUUAAACUACAAAAGACGUGGUCAUAUGCAUCCCAAUGUCAGGACGUCAAAUGCUGAUGUCAAUUUAACAUAGAAUACUGAUGACAGAUUAAGCUGAUAUAUUGUUGGUUUUAAAAGUCUACUAUGCAGGGUUGUUGUUUACUGUUAUUAAGCACGCUUGCUAGACAAAGUGAAAGUAAAAGCCAACCCCAGAUUCACUCUCCUGCACUGCCACACACUUAUAGUGGGUCAUAAGUGAUGAUUGACAGGAAUAAGUCUAUAAAUUGUUUUUUAGGAAAAUUCUGCAUUGUCUAUCUUUAAGCUGUGUUGUUAAGUGACCAAAAUCAAACAUCUACCAAAAGUCUCAUGUCAGCAUCAUCUUGACGUAGUAGAAUAACCACAUUUAGCUGCCAGGUAUGGAGACCCAACGUCUGCACAACAACAUAAUGUUGACGUCCACACAACGUGAAUUUAUAACAUUGUCAGAUAUUUUCUGACGUCAUAUUGACGUCUGGUGCCAGCUGGGUUGUUGUAUUUGCAUAUGCUCUCCCUUUUUAAUGUGCUACUGUGCUGCUGUGUGGCUUCAUGUGUGCAUAUUAAAAAAGCAAACUGUAUGUGUUGAUAUCAUUAUCAAACCAA